AUGCAUCUCAUGUACCUCCCCGAGGCCAACGGCUCCGGCCGGCGCUACACUCUCAAGAAGGUCAUGGACGGGCAGGUGACCAAGUCGGCGCACCCGGCGCGGUUCUCGCCUGACGACAAGUGGUCGCGCCAUCGGAUUGCUGUGCGCAAGAGGUUUGCUGUGCUGUUGGCGCAGAAGAAAUAA